AUGCCGGAUCUUCUUAUUCCUGCCCUGUCAGCCAUUCGUCGAGGAGGCAGAUUUAUUCCCCUCUCCAAGGGAGCUGAUAAACCUGGUCUCCGGCCAAUUGUCAUCGGUUCUGCACACCGUCGACUCGCGACGAAGCUUGCUUUGGCAGCGAUUCGCUCAUUUCUUGACCAGCACUUCCUCUCGUCUCACCCUCGAGCGAUUCAGUUCGGACUCGAUCGAGACGGCUGUCUGAAGUUCUCGCAAACCGCGCCAGCGCUCCUGCCCCUUCACGCUCGCGGUGAUGAUGAGGAUGUUGCCAACCCCACAGUGCUGGUGAGUUUGGAUGCAAAGAACGCCUUCAACUCCCUCGACCGCCAGGCUCUCUUCGAUGCAAUCGAGGGACGUGCGAGUCGCGACUACUUUGAUGGGAGCAUCACUGAAGGCGCAAGCUUGCCCUCUUGCGAGCAUCUCCGUUUGUUCGCCUCCUACCUCUCCAGCUACUAUGGAGACUCUGCUGACCUUCGACUCUUUCACAAAAGUCAGUCAGCCUCCGUUCAGUGUACCUCGGGCGUCUGUCAGGGCGAUGUCCCCUCCAGCGUAUUUUUCUGCCACAGUAUCCACCCCCUGCUCCUCCAUAUCGCAGAGCUUUUUCCCUCUGUUCGAGUCUUGGCCUAUGCUGACAACGUCGUGCUUGUCGGUCCACUCGAGGAUGCCGUUGCAGCUACGUCCGCUAUGAAGAAGUACAUGUUAGCUGAUCUGAAGCUAGAGAUUCAACCUCGCGAGUCGAAAGUUUACAUCCCCUCCUGGCAUCAACACCCUGAUCUCUCGCAGCUGAAGAAGAGCCUUAAGCGCCGUCUCAAGACUCAACUUCUUCACUUCGAGGUCGUCACUGGCGGGAUUACACUUGGCGGCCUGCCUAUCGGCACGGAUGGAUUUCAUGCUAGUCAGCUCCGAGCGAAGGUUUCUACCCUCAACGAAGAGCUCUCGAAGCUCGGGCUCGUCCAGCAUGGCUUCAUGUUCAAGACGCUGGCUGCUUGUCUGCGCGGCUUCGCGCUUGGGCUGGCGCUGCCGCGUCUGGCUUCUCGCUGUGGACUGUGUGCCUGCCGGUUCAGCUUGUUCCUGCUUUGUUAUGCUUGA